AUGAAUAAUUUCACAAGUUUACAGACGACCCAAGCCAAUACUUUAACCCUUCAAGUCCCACUUAUCAGCUUGCAGACGUACGAGCUCUGGGUGGAGAUACUGCACGUGCCGACUCUGGCGCUCAGCAUUCUGGGAAUCAUCACCAACAUCGUCAACAUCCGUGUUUUUCUAAGGCAAGGCGUGACAUCGGAUAGCCCCACCAUGUCUCUCUUCGCCCUCUCCGUCUCCGACUUUCUCGUCUGUUCGCUCAUCUUUCCCCAGGCCGUCUGCUUCUACUUCGACGCUCAUUCGGAUAUUCAGAACGUGCUGAUCAAAAACUGUUUCGUCUUGUCCACCAUGGCGUCGACUUACCCUCAUAUCGUAUGCACCAAGAUAACUUGUUGGCUGACAGUGUACAUCUCCGUGGAGAGAGCUGUAUCUGUUGUUUUACCUCUAAAAGUCAAGUCCAUGUUCAAGGUCCAGAACACGGUCAAAAUCAUUGUUUUGAUCUGUUUGGUGUUGGUGGUCGCGCAUAUACCAUACGCCACGACUACCUCAGUCAUCUGGCUAUCGGAUCCGAACCGCAACAACUCGUACCGGGCGGUCAACUCGCACUCGGCGCUGGGCUCCCUGUUUUUCCAACUCAACAACAUCAUCAUCAACUUAUCUCUUACUUCCGUCGCCAUGGUCGUCGUCGCCAUGGCGACGUUUACUAUGGUUACGCGUUUGAUCCGAUCACGAAAAUGGCGGGCUUUGGUUUCUUCAGCGAAGUACACCCAGAGGACAAGCCAAAACGAUAACGCGUCUGACGCUCUAUCCUUGAAAGAAACGGAAGUUGUCAAGACGAUGGUUGCUAUAACAACCAUUUUUCUGGCGUGCCAGGCAGUCAGUCACAUACCUGCCAUAGUCAUGUCCACUGUUCCUGGCGUAGCAGUCGAUGGGUAUAACAGAUAUGUAUUUAAUCUUAUUUAUUCUGUGAGAUUUGUCUUUGAAGUGCUCAACUCUGCAGUGCAUUUCUUUGUCUAUUUCAAGCUAAGCUCUAAGUACAAUAAAACUUUGACGGAACUAAGAACAAACACUUCAUGA